AGCCCCGGCACAGUAGGCGGCGCUGUUCUCAAAUGACGCUGCUUUUUCGAACCGCAGAAGAAGAGCCGUUACUCAUCACUUCCGCCAACAAACGUCAGCUGUAGCAAGAUGGAACCUGCACAUGAAUUCGGGGAAGAAACUGAUUCUGCCGGUGACAACGGAGCUGCGAAGGUUCAAGAUAGACUUCAGAAGCGGAAUCAGGCGAGAAUUGAUGAUGUUGAGCGGAGGAAAGAAGAGAAGGAGAGCCAGUCUGUAGCCGAGGAAAAGCUUGAGUAUUUUUCCAGCACGUUUAAGAGGGAGCAGAUGUGUAUCGAAGACCUGCUGUCCGGCUGCUCCGGAGCGGACCAAGGCGUGGUGAACCAAAGACUGGAGGAGGCUACAAUUAAAAUCGUUCAGCUCCAGAAGUUUUUGAAUGAUAGCGUGUUGUUCCUGACGCAGUAUGAGCUGAGGCAAGCCCAAAGUGCCCUCCAGAAGCUUCAGGGCUCACUUGCAGAGAUCAGAGAAAAGGCUCUCCCCAAGAAGAAGUUCGCCUUUAGAGCUCGCACUAAAGUCGCAGAUAAGGUGUCAGAGCAGGAGACUGAUUCAGCUCCACCUUAUUGCACUCCACCUGCUGAUCUUGGUGAGGUGGUCAGAGGUUCUUCCUCUAAACUGUUCGGCUUCUCCAAUAUGGACAACCAGUAUCUGACCAAAACAUCUGAGGAGAUCAAUAAACGUGACGUUCUGUUAAGUCAUCUGUCAAACUGUAAGGUCCGUUUGUAUGGUUCCCCUAGCACACUGCACCUGAAGCACAUAGACAAAUGUGAGAUCCUGUGCGGGCCAGUGGCCACCUCCGUAUUCAUAGAUGAUUGCAGGAACAGCACACUGAGCUUUCCCUGUCAGCAGCUGAGGACCCACAGCACCACAGACACACAGGUGUAUCUGCACGUCACCAGUCGAGCCAUCAUAGAAGACUGUCAUGGAGUGAGCUUUGCCCCAUUUUCUUGGUCUUAUCCCACACUGGAAGAGGACUUUAAUGUGUCUGGACUGAACAAAGACUCGAACAACUGGAACCAAGUGGAUGACUUUUAUUGGCUGGCUGCAGGAACACCUUCUCCUAAUUGGACUACCAUCCCAGAAGCAGACAGGAAAACCAACUGGGACCCUUAAAAUGUACUCUUCAAAUAAAACAUGCGCUACACCCUGGAAAUAUUGUAGGUCUAUCUGUGCUCCAUCUAGCCCUAUCUGGAUAAAAUAAAUACACACAUCUACUGUAUAAAGAUUAAGCUUGCUUUAACAACAUUGUAAUGUUAAUUCCCAAGGCUGUAAAAUACAAGACUUCUGUGGUGAAUGUAUAAAUGGCCAUGUACUUGUGUUUAAAAUCACUAAAAAUAAAGAUCUGCAGUAUCUUUUCAA